AUGUAUACCUUUUGCAUAGGUGAAAAUUACACCGAGAGGAGCAUAUAUGGAACCAACCUCGGCCUCCUUCUCUCUAAGUUAACAGAUGAGGCUUCACACUCUAUCUUCAACAAGUCAACAGCCGGUGACAGUCCAGACAUGGUUUAUGCUCUUUUUCUCUGCCGGGGAGACAUGAAUCAUCAACGGUGUCGGGACUGUAUCAAAAGUGCAAGACAGAAACUAGUUGAAGAAUCAUGCUUCCAGAAAGAAGCUGUCAUAUAUUAUAACACGUGUAUGUUGCGAUAUUCAAAUCAUACCAUCUUCUCCAUCGAAGCAGAAGCUCCAGGUCGUUAUUUAGAGAGUUUAUAUGACGUGUCAAAUCCAUACAAGUUUAAUGAAAUAUUGGGGAAGAAGUUAGAUGAGUUGACUGCUACAGCUGCUGCUUCUUAUGGGAAUUCAACAGUGCCGUAUUUUGCAACGGGGAAAGUCUCCAGAGCUGAUGGUUUCAACAACUUAUAUUGUCUUGUACAGUGCACGCCUGAUAUAGCUGCUUAUGAAUGCGAGAGGUGCUUAAGAGUUGCCAUCGGAUUCGUUCAAGGUUGUUGUCUGAACAAAACAAUGGCGAUCAUGGUCCUGCCUAGUUGUCAGGUCACCUAUGAUACUGCCCCCUUCUUUGACCUCGCAGCUCCACCACUUCUUCCUCCUCCACUUCCUCCACAAACUAAUCCUACCAAAAUUGAUGCGAAAAAGGCUCCCUUUCCCAUUUCGGUAACUGUCAUUAUUCUAGUGCUGGUAUCAGUGGCACUAGCAUUAUUAACCAUCUGGUUUUGCUUUCUGCGGAAAAGACACAAGGGAGCACCCAAAGCCAGAGAUGAGCUCACUUUGGAUACAAAUAAUGCGGAAUCCUCCUUCAACUUUGACUUCCCAACAAUAAAAGCUGCAACAGACAACUUCUCCAUUGCUAAUAAACUAGGACAAGGUGGAUUUGGUGCAGUUUACAAGGGUAAACUGCAAAAUGGACAAGAAAUUGCAGUUAAGAGACUGUCAACAAACUCAGGACAAGGAGACCAAGAGUUUAUGACCGAGGUUCUUUUACUAGCCAAUUUACAGCACAGGAAUCUUGUCAAGCUGUUGGGAUUCUGUCUCCAAGGAGAUGACAGGUUACUUGUCUAUGAAUUUGUGCCCAACACAAGUCUUGAUCGGUUUCUUUUUGAUCCGAAGAAACGUGCAAGUUUGGAUUGGGAAACAAGGAGCAAGAUCAUUAUGGGAAUCGCACGAGGGCUUCUGUAUCUUCAUGAAGAUUCCCGGCUGAAGAUUGUACAUCGUGAUCUUAAGACAAGUAAUAUUCUGUUGGAUGCAGAAAUGAAUCCAAAAAUUGCAGAUUUUGGUGUUGCCAGGUUAUUUGAGAUUGACCAAACUCAGGACAACACUAGCAGAAUAGUUGGAACACGUGGAUAUAUGGCUCCUGAAUAUGUAUUGAGUGGACAGUUUUCGAUCAAAUCAGAUGUCUUCAGCUUCGGUGUGAUAGUGUUGGAAAUAAUUAGUAGCCAGAAAAACAGUUGCUUCCAUAGAGCAGGAGGCGUAGAAGAUCUUCUACACUAUGGAUGGAAAGUGUGGAAUGAAGGAACAAGUUUGGAUAUGAUUGAUGACAGGGGGACUACAAAUUUUUCAAGAAGUGAAGCCACGAGAUUAAUCCACAUCAGUUUACUGUGCGUUCAAGAAGAUGCAGCUAGUAGACCAACAAUGGCAUCAGUUGUUUUAAUGCUGAAAGCGAGCUCUAUUACCCUUCCCUUCCCAUCACCGCCUGCAUUUUACUCUUCUACUUUACAAACACGCACAAUAACUACUUUCUGA